AUGGAUAAAGAAAUUGAAUUUCACUGGACUAAAACUCAGAGGGGUGCACCUGCAAUUCAGAUUGAUACCAAUUUAUAUCGUAUUCAAAAACGUAACAAUAAUGGCUCAAUUAGAUUUACUUGUACAGAUGAACGUUGUAAUGCAUCAGUUACUUUACUUGAUGAUAAGAUAAAGUUUAUCAGAGGAACACAUCGACAUGACGAACGUCUACCUCCAUUUCAUACUUUGCAAGUUGUACAUGAAUUUCGACAAAAAGCUGUUUCUGAUAUAAGAACUCCGUUACCUCGAAUUUACGAACAAAGACGUCAAUAUGGAACAGCAGCUGAAAUACCAAUGUUUCAGCAACUAAGGUCUACAGGAUACCGAAAACGUUUAGAAAUAUUACCACCAUCUCCGAAGAAAACAAAUAUACGUACAUUUAUAAUACCAGAGGUUUUUCGUCUGAAUCUAUCAAACGAACCUUUUUUGAUCCAUGAUUCAGCGAAUCCUGAUCAUUUGGCUUUAGAAGCACGUAAAACAGAUAUCAAAAAUUACAUUGCAGAUAUUAUUGCACUACCAAUGGUUCCGGUAUAUCUUGUACGUCAACGUUUUGAUUCAAUUGGUCGAGAAUUACGUAUGAAAAAUAUAUCUUUUAAUUCAUUUACAUCAUAUGUGCGGCGAACAUAUAUCAAUAGUAAAAAAUUUCCUAUUGAUUCAUGGAAUCAUUUUAAUUUUCUUGGUACACGACCGCGCACUAAUAAUCAUGUUGAAGGAAGUCAUCGACAGUUAAAAAAUAAUUUUUUUUCUGUUAUUAAUAUAUUUCUUCACUAUUGUAUAAUAUUUGCUUUCUUUUUCAAAUGUAUUUCCAGUCGCAUUCUAUCAAAACCAAAUAUUUGGUUAUGGAUAAUGUCAAUGCAAGAUUUAGAUGAAUCAACUAUCAUUUCAAUAGAACAAGAAGAACAUCAGAAUCGUCUAACACGACCACGUCAACGACAAAACAUUGAACGGGAUGAAGUUUUACUCGAUCUCAAAAGAAAACUCGAAACACACAUUAUAGAUAUAGAAGAGAGCUCCAAUUUACCAUUAUCAUAUAUUUUUCUUGGAAUGGCCGUAGCAAUAUGCCAUUGGAGCAACGGUGCACAAUUGAAAGGCGUCGAUUUUUACAACAUUCCUUUGAUUUUAUUUGCUAUAAUUUGUGGUGGAAGUGGUUCAAAGAAGAGUGGUCCUAUACGAAUAAUUAAAGAAGCAUGUGAACAAGUUGAAUCAAUAAUAGGAAUACCAAUUGCAAAAUCUUCAUUGAAUAAUUCAGCUACGAUGGAAUCUGUCUGUAUGGAAUUGCAACAGAGACCUCACUUAUUACAAUUAUGGGAUGAACUUGCUAUAUUCUUAGGAUUAUUUGGUGGCAGCCGUAGUGAACGAGCAUCAUACGAUCGAGGGAUAAUGUGUGAAUUGUACAAUCCAACAGGAAUUGUGAGACGUCAGUUAGUUUCAAGGACUAAUGUUAUGGUUAAACCACGAUUAUGUAUUCUUGCAGCUGGACAUCCUCGUGAAACAAUCAAUUGUUUAACUGGAUCUGGUGUUAAAGCAGUAGAAUCAAAUGAUGACGGCUUGUUUAACCGAUUUCUAAUAGCAGUUGGUUUAAAGAGAAAACCAAGUCGUGAUUGUACACCACCAGAUAAUAGAAUACCAAAACUCGCCCAUCUAUUCUAUUAUGUUCAUCAACUACACAAGGAACCGCAGGAAUAUUCAUUCAAUCAAGAAGGUAAUAAUAUUGAAGGUAUCCCUCAAAGUGACAUCGAACAUAUUAAAUCUUAUAUAAAAAAUCAUCCAAAUCAACGAAUAUUAUUAUCAGUAUUACCAUCAAAUUUAAAAAGAAAAUAUACAAAAGACCAGUAUUUACCGAUUCUAAGACAAAUGGAAACAGAUGGUGAAGGUACCAUCACUACAACAGAAAACACCACCGGACCUAAAGCAAUAGUUUUUAUUAAAAAACCACGAACUGAACAAGCAUCAGCUUCUAGCAAUAAUACUACCAGCGAUGAAUCAUAA